GUGAUCUUCUUGGUACCACGACUGGAAGCGGAGCCUUCUUCGGAGUGGGCGUGAAGUGUGAUGGGAGAGGCCGGCUGCGGAGCGGUGCUGGCAGUGAGCCCAGCAGAAUUCGCGGAAUUACCUCUGCCGUGACAUUUAUAAUGGGACAGCGGGCAGCGAGAGACCACGGCAGCAACGGGACAGGGGCUGAGCUGCCCCUGCACAGCCCUCGCCUCCCCGCCGCGCUCUGCCCUGCGCUGAGCCAGCCCAGCUGCAGCUGCACGUCCUGACUGCGCGAUCCUGAGAUGGGACAGGACAAUUGCAAACCCCAGACUGGGGACCUGAUCGAGAUCGACCGGCGACGGCAUCAGCACUGGGCCCUGUACGUGGGGGAUGGCUAUGUCAUCAACUUGAUACCUGUAGGCAAACAGGACCUAAAGCUGGGAGACUACAAGAUGCCAGUGUUCAUCAGAAAGGUGAAGAAGCAGCGCCUGAAGGAAGUAGUGCAAAAAAAAAAAUGGCGUGUCAAUAACGAGUGUGAUCAGUACCACACCCCUCUCCCCGUGAAGGAGAUCAUUCAGUGUGCUGAGCAUUAUAUUGACAAGGAGUUGACAUAUCGUGAGUUUGGUAGCAACUGUGAGCACUUUGUGAAAAAACUCCGCUAUGGUGGCCAGCUGAAGGCUUUUGUAGCUGGUGAAUUGCCCAUUCUUGGUAUGACAGAAGACACGGAUUACCCCAACCCUGGGGACCUGAUCGAGAUCAAAAGGGGACACUGGGCCCUUUACCUGGGGAAAGGAUAUGUCAUCCAUGUGACUGAUACAGAUGAAAGAGCCCCGUCCCUGUCAGCCAGCAGGAAGUCAAUACUCACUAGAAAGGCCAGGGUUACGAAGGAGCUCCUGGAAAAGGUGGCUGUAAAUGAUGACUGGGCUGUCAACAACAACUAUGACCAUUUCCGCACUCCUCUUCCCGUGGAGGAGAUCAUCUGGCGUGCUGAGGGUUGCAUUGGCAAGGAGCUGCCAUGUGAUGUGCUCAGCACAGGCUCUGAGGAUUUUGUGACACAACUCCGCUAUGGUGGCCAGCUGAAGGCUUUUGUAGCUGGUGAAUUGCCCAUUCUUGGUAUGACAGAAGACACGGAUUACCCCAACCCUGGGGACCUGAUCGAGAUCAAAAGGGGACUUUACACACACUGGGCCCUUUACCUGGGGAAAGGAUAUGUCAUCCAUGUGACUGAUACAGAUGAAGGAGCUCCAGCUCUGUCAGUCAGCAGUAGGACAAUACUCAGUAGAAAGGCCAAAGUGAAGAAGGAGCUCCUGAAGGAUGUGGUGGGAUAUGAUGAAUGGUGUGUCAACAACAAGUAUGACUGUCAGCGCAUUCCUUUCCCAAUGGCGGAGAUCAUCCGGCGUGCUGAGCACCAGAUUGAUAAGGAGGUGCCCUAUCGUUUGUUUCUCAAGAACUGUGAGCACUUUGUGACAAGGCUUCGCUACGGAGAGGGAGUCUCUGCACAGGCCAAGAAAGCACUUCAAAAUAUCAAUUCCAUUUCUUCUGCAGUGUCAGCUGGGAUUGGAGCUGCCAGUCUUAUUGCUGUGGCCAGUAUUCCUGUGUUUGGGCUUCCUCUUAUGGCCUGUGUUCCUUUUGUGGCUGCUGGUGGUGGUGGUCUUCUUGCCAGUAUUGGUUUCACUUCCAGCAAUAUUGCUCAUUCCUUCACUUCUGCCAAAUUUGAAAAGGCAGGGAAAGAUAUACUAGAACAGAGUUGCUGUUAGGAAGAGCUCAAGCAAGGCAUGGAGUCCCUGGUCACUGUUCAGCUUUUGCCGCAAGUGUAAUGGAGACUUACUAGCAACUGCUGUGAUAAUUAAUUCAAAGACCUAUUAAAAUGUAAAACUCCAAACUCAUCUUGCCUAAAAUCAUCUUUUAUCUGUUUGAGGAUAGCUUUGUGUGCAAGUAAUUUCUCCUUAUAUACCCUCCUCCACCUGCCUAAGACACUGACUUCUUUCUCAAGUUUUUGGGUGUUUUUUUCCCCAGGUCUCCCAAAGUCCCAUUUUAUAGCAAACCCUCUUUCUGGGCCUUCACCAGCCAGCCAGACAGUACUCAGACCCUUCUAGCUCCCUUUCUUCUUUUGGAAGAGAUAAAGUUGUAUUAUGGGGCUUUUUCCCAACUCUCAGGGUCCCUACAGUCAAUCUAUACCCUGACUGUAAUUAUACAGCUUUUCAGAUCCUUUUCAACUUGAAGCCCUGUAUGGCCUUUCUCCCCUGCUGAGUGAUACCAAUAAAGAUUAAAACCAAUGGUGAGAACCAUGUACUGAUAAACAGUGGGGAUGCAACAAUGACUCAAAACACCAGAAUGGUACCAACAAACUGAAUCAGGCCCUUAAUAGUCAGGUGUUCAGAGCAAAGCAGAAGCUUGACCUUCCCUGCUCAAAACAGAAAACACAAAUCCUACUUUCAGCUACAGUACUGUGGGUUUAGUGCUGCAGAUGGUUUCUGUGUUUAGGAUCUAUGUUUAGGGUCUCUCAGAAGACUAGAAAACAGUUCAAAUUCCAUAGACAAAUAUUUUUGCCUUAAGGUAUUGCAGAGCAAAUUAACUACCCUUCAUCUGCAGCAGUUUGUUUCUUUUGUUUUAUUCUGCAGCUAGAAUUUUAAUACCCAGAUUAAGCUGCUGUUGUUUUUACAUUACUAAUUUGCUCAACAGUUCUGGGAAUCAAGCACAUUUCUACACAAACAGGUAAUGAUCUUCACAUACAUUUUGUUAAAAGGCAUUUUUACUGGCUGCUCCAUGACUGUCUGCAGCAUCUGGAUUGAAAGAUUUUUAAGUAAGGGCAGGCAAAUCUAUUCUGCGGUCACCAUUAUAUUUUGCCCUUUCCACUUCUGUACCUGAUUGAGAAACAUUAGCUACCAUGCACAAAGCUCUCCUAACAUCACAAAAAACCUCCCAGAACUGAAAUUUGAGGGUCAAGCCCAAUUCAAACCCUCAUUCUUCUAUAUUUGUUUACAGUUCCUGAGGAAUUAAGCUGGUUUAUCAGCACCUUUGAGAGCUGUGCACUCCUGCUCACAACUCCAUACCUCAGAGCAGGCAGCAAUACCCUGUGAGCAAACUCACCAGAUCAGCUCCAGCAGACACUGGAGGUUGGGGACUUUGGAGGUGAAAGAUGAGGUCACAGACACAUCCUGUUCUAACAUUGAUAUCACUGCAUGGACCACUUUCAAAGCCUGAAAUCCAUGACAGUCACAAGGUGGAAAAAUAUCCUUCCCACCUCAUAAUUAAUAAACAAUGAACUGUUUUUU